UCACUUCGUUGGGAUCAACAACCCUUUUCGUGGUCAAUAACUCUUCCGUUAGUCUAACAAGACGAGUGGCCAAGUGGGUGUAUUUUGAUCGUGAAGCGGCACAUGGUUCGCAUUAACAAGCAAUCUCGACGGCGUCUGUUCGAAGAAAAUUUCUCUCUCAGGCAACCUGCCGCUUUGAGUCGCCACUUUCUGAAUCUCGGGAUCUUGAUCCUCGUUGGAACUGCCGUCUCUCUGUAUUUCUAUCUUUUGAAUCAGGAAGAGCGAGAAACUAGGCAUAGUAUGAUGGCGGCCGCUCAUUCUGCUGCACGUAUCACAGCAAGCAACAAACCGUUCCUUCUGUACGGCACGGCCUGGAAGAAGGAACGUACCGCCGAACUUGUUUCCCAAGCAGUUCACAGCGGAUUCCGCUUUAUCGACACUGCCUGCCAACCAAAGCAUUACAACGAAGCGGGUGUGGGUGAUGGAUGGAAAAGUGCCGCGGAAGAACUCAAACUGCAGCGGUCGGACUUCUUCCUACAGACGAAGUACACGCCUUUCGGCGGGCAAGAUCCACAAAACAUCCCGUAUGAUCCGGAUUCGCCUUUAGAUGCACAAGUGAAGGCUUCGCUUGAAGUUUCUCUGAAAAACCUCCAAUCUUCUUAUUUGGAUUCCUUGGUACUUCACUCGCCCCUAAAUGACUUCGAAGAUACAAUGACAGUCUGGCAAACAAUGGAAUCGUUCGUGGACGACGGGAAGGUUCUCCGUCUUGGAAUCAGCAACUGCUACGAUUUUGAGACGUUUCAAAAUCUUUACCAAAAAGCGAGAAUUAAACCCAGUGUAUUGCAGAAUCGCUUUUACGAAGAUUCAAAUUUUGACACCGAGCUACGGGCUUUUUGCAAAAAUCAUUCCAUCUGGUACCAAUCGUUCUGGACGCUUACAGCGAAUCGCCACGCUCUUGCUACUACUGACGCGAAGACUCUUGCGGAACAAAAGGGUCUCUCUCCACAAACGCUUUUGUAUGCGUUUCUGAUGAGCUUGGGAUACGGAACGCCUCUGUCGGGAACCACCAACCUCGGUCACAUGGUUGAGGACGUCGCCGUAAUGGAGCGGAUGCAGGCAGGAGAGGUUUUCUUUGAAGAUGAGACAGAGCUUCGCGACUUUGCUAAGAUCCUGGGCAUGCCCGACUUGUAGGGAUUGGAAGUCUUAAACACGAACUCUAUUCCUUACCUUUCUU